UGUGAUAUUUAUUCUUUGUAAUAUUUUUUCCAUGGAUAUGACUUGUGAGUCAUUUUUAUAAACCAACGCCAAACAUGAAUCAAUGUUUCUUAUUUGAAAACUCCGAACAAACAACAUUAGCAGGAGGCACUCGCGUUGGGGUCGCUCAUCAACGACGAGAAGAAACUUUGCGACUGCCAGUUCGACCUCUAGAAACAGUCUUACGUGGCCGCAUGUGCCGUUAUGUACGACAAGCUUCAGCGCAGCCGUCGCUUGGACGCGGUGCAGAGCGGUUGCUCCACGCUGUUCAUUGUCAAGCAGGGGACCCCAUGGUCGUCGCCAACGUCGGCGACUCUCGGGUUAUUCUGGGCAUCACAUUCGACGACUACGCCAUCAUGUCGUCCAGCUCGUCAUCCACCUAAAGCCCAACCUGCCACGUAAGUCGCAACUGACCGACAAUAAAUUCUUGUGCAUUGGGACGAUGGUCGUUGCUGACGUUGUGUGAGUGUCGUUGAACAUGAUGUAUGUAGAGGAGUAACGCAUCUGGUGGUGCAACGGCCAGGGGUACUACCUUGCUGAUGAGCCUACGGUGCACUUCGUUUUACAGCCCAACCAAGAGUCAUCAGUACUCGAUAUGUUGUGCGCGUUCGACGACUAUUAUAUCGAGGAUCGUGGCGUCAUCUUGACGCAUGAGGUGACACAGAGGAGGACCGACAACAAUGACCAGUUCGUCAUCCUCGCCACCGUUGGGGUAGCUUUUGUGCCGACUUGCCUUUAAUUCUCUUCACAAACACACACACUUGCCUUUUUUUAAGCAAAAGUGUAUGGUGGUACGUGUCUGAUGACUAACGAUGUACGGGGGAAUUUCUUCCUACAUGUGUGGAACAUGCUCUCCAAUGAUGAGACCAUUCAAAUCGUGACAUAUAUCGAAGUUUGCAUGAUAUUGAUGGUUGCAAUGUAGUGGUGAAACAUAUAGAUUAAAAUAACAAAAUUUAUGUAUGGCCAGAAUCACAAAUUGAUUAUAAAACAUUUUCUCAUAAUGAUAUAACACAUAUUUUGUAUAUAAGUUAUCGUAGUAUACUUGUAUUAUAUAUUCUCAUUGCAACCCAUGGGCACUCAGCUAGUUUAACUAUUAUAUACCUAAUGCAAAAUGGCACUGGUAUGAUGUUGUUUUGCAACUAAAUAUAAAACGUGCCCGACAUGGUUUUGCAAAUAAAUAUAACUCAGCUAAUAAAAUAAACCUCGGAGUCCACUAGAGCCUUCUUUGCCAAGUGUAAGGCCAGCAAACACUCGGUAAAGGCUCCAUCACCGUCGCUUGGUACGUGAUGAUGACUUUUUUUGUCGAGUGCCCGACAAAAAAAUACUCGGCAAAAAAGCCGUUGCCGAUGUACAGUUCACUGAGACCUUUUUGUCGAGAGACACUCGACAAAAGACUUUGUCGAGAGUUUUCUAGGCUUUGCCAAGUGCCUGAAGAACUCGGUAAAACAGAUGUGUCCGGUAGUGAUUGUUUAUACAAGCGAGGACUACAGUCGCUGAAUGACAUCACCUCGUCGCUGCGAAGAGGAUGUAGCCCUUGGAGUCCUUUUUUUAUUUGUGCAGUGCAGCCUAGAACACUCUAGAGGCAAAAGAGCGAUGGCUUAUGUUGAGACCAGACCAAUGCCGUUGGAUGAGAAUCUCGCAUGAGAAUCUCGCGGUUGAUGUGAGGUAGGGUGACAUGGAUGAACCGGAGGGAGGAUUUGCCCCCACUGUGAAUAUAACACAUGAUUGGUUGUAGGUAGGGAUGGCAGUGGGUACGGUUAUGGGUAACCCGUCGGGUACAGAUAUGGUGGAUUUUCGUAUCCGCGGGUACGGAUAUGGAUACUAUAUAGUAUCCAGGGUUAUUAAUUUCGCGGGUAUGGAUAUAUGCUAUCCAUAUCCGUCACCCAUUGGGUAUGACAUGUGGACCCACUCCUAGUCCCAUGCGCAUGCGCCAGCCGCCAGCCCCGUGGGCCGUGAGUCCUUGAGACCUUGACCCAAUCACCCAACGUCCCAGUGACCCAGUCCAGGCUCCCAAGUCCCAGCGCCCUCUUCAAUCCGGCGACAUCUAGCGAGCAGCAAGUCGCCAAGUCCUAACCCUAGCCACCAGGCUGCAGACCUGCAGUGCUCCACGUCGACCACGCACGCGCUCUAGCAAAUCGCCCGACCUGAGCACGACCUGAGCGCCCCGCCUCUCCCUCGGCCUCGGGCACCUUUGCGUCCGGCCAUCCGCCUAGGGCGCAGCCGCGCAGGCAGUUGCUGGCUUGCAGUCGUCCAGGUUAGUGCUUUUGCACUUCAUCAUUUGUUUGCCCUUGCACACAGUGAGUCAGUGACACAGCACACUAGUAGAGGCGUUGCUUUUUUUGUUUGCUGCCCACACUAGGCCUUCUCUGUUUAUACAGAUUGUGAAUUUGUGAUGUCAACUCCCAACGAAAAUAGCAACACUCAAUUUCAACCUCCCUCAUCUCAAGCAUCUGUUGAGGGUGGAAGUGGGCUUCCAGAGAAUGUGAUUAAUGUUGAACAAGAUGGUGAUGAGGAUGAUGAUGAAGUAGAAGAAAAUGGGAGAAAAAGAAAAUUGAAAUCUGUAGUGUGGAGUGAAUUCAAGAGGGUAAAUGUUGGAGAUAUUUGGAAGGCAAAGUGUAAUUAUUGUUCAAAGAAGCUUUCGGGUGUAACAAAGAAUGGUACAUCUCAUUUGAAAGCCCAUCUAGAGACAUACAUCUAUCGAAAGAGGAAUCCUACAGAUAAGGUACAAAGCUCUUUGUGGUUCACAUCUAGUAGCGAACAAGGACAAGUGUCGGUGAAGGAGUAUGUUUUCGACCAAGAUGUGGCGAGAAAGGCCCGUCCUGAAAUGGUUGUUUUGCAUGAAUAUCCAUUGUCCAUUGUGGAUCAUGUUGGUUUUAGAAGGUACUCAAGUUCUCUUCAACCGAUGUUUAAGAUGAUCACUAGAAACACUUUGAAGAAUGACAUCAUUGGGAUUUAUGAGAUUGAGAAGAAGACCUUGAGCUUUAUGCAGAAGAAUAAUGCAAGAAUUGCAAUAACGACUGAUAUGUGGACAGCUGAGAAUCAAAAGAAAGGCUAUAUGACUGUUACCGGUCAUUUUAUUGACCAAGGAUGGCAGCUUCGAAGUUGUAUUUUGAGGUUCAUUUAUGUUCCAUAUCCACAUACUGCUGAAGCACUUAGUGAUGUUCUUAUGAAAUGUCUAAUGGAUUGGCACAUUGAUAAGAACAUAUAUACCUUAACCCUUGAUAAUUGUUCCACUAAUGAUGCACUCAUCACAUUGAUGAAUCGAAAGUUGAGAGGAAAGAAACCUUUGUUGGGUGGCAAGCUGUUGCAUAUGCGUUGCUCCGCGCACAUAUUAAAUUUAAUUGUCAAAGAUGGUUUGGAAGUAAUGGGUAGUGGGAUUGAAAAGAUUAGAAAUAGUGUUGCAUUUUGGUAUGCUACUCCUAAAAGGCAUGAGAGAUUCCAAGAAAUAGCUGCACAAGUUAAUGUUGAAUGCAGCAAGAAAUUGUCACUUGAUUGCAAAACAAGGUGGAACUCUACUUAUAUCAUGCUUAGUGUUGCUAUUUGUUACAAAGAGGCUUUUGAUCGUUUGGCUGAAUGUGAAGGAGCUUAUGAUUUUUCUCCAAGUGAGGAUGAAUGGAAGUUUGCUAGUGAAGUUUGCGAUAGGUUGAAAUUGUUCUAUGAAAUUACCAAAUUGUUUUCUGGAACACAAUAUGUAACAGCUAAUGACUUCUUUCCAAAGAUAUGUGCAAUUAGAGGACACAUGAGCAAGUGGCUAGAGUGUGAUGAUGAGUUAAUCAAGUCCAUGUCAAAUCGUAUGAUUACAAAAUUUGAUAAAUAUUGGACUGACAUUCAUGGUCUAAUGGCUAUUGCUGUUGUUCUUGAUCCAAGAUACAAAUUUGGAAUGUUGAAAGCAUGCUAUACACGUCUAUUUGGUGCACAAAGUAGAGCAAUGCUAGAGAUAGAAAAUGUGAGGAAAUUAUUUGAUGAACUGAUUAAAGAGUACAACAACAAAUGCAUUAAACCUGUUACUAGUGGUGGACAAAAUGCAUCAUCAUCUUGUGUUUCUAAUGCUUCCACAUAUACGGAUGAGUUGUUCUCUGCCAUGGAGGAAGAGCUCGAUGACAUGUGCAGUGAUGAAGAAAAGGCUAAGUCUGAGCUUGAUCUUUAUGUGGAUGAAGGUCGUAUUCCCAAGUCAAAGGAAUUUGAUAUAUUAGGCUAUUGGAAAAUUUAUGGGAUACGGUACCCUACUAUAAGGAUGAUAGCCCGUGACAUAUUUGAUAUUCCUGUUACAACUGUCGCUUCAGAGUCUGCUUUUAGUACUAGUGGCAGAGUGCUAAGUGAUCAUCGAAGUCGACUUACUCCCAAAACUUUAGAGGUUUUGAUGUGUGCACAAAAUUGGCUUCGUGUUGGUCAAGCAAAAGGAAAAGAAGAUUAUAUGGGUUUGUGGACUUGUCUUGAAGAUAUACAAGAAGAACUUGUGGAACUCUCCUUUGGAUUCUCCACAAUGCCAAAUGAAGAAAUUUGAAGGAAAAUUCACAGGAUGUCAAAUGAAGUUGAAUGCCAUUCAGCCAUGCUCAUUACAAUAAUUUGUUGUUGCAUUUUGAAAACUAUGUAUGACUAUAAUUUCAUUCCAAGAACAUGUUUUAUGAUGUAUUGUAUUGUC